UAUUUUUAUUACAGCCCUUGCAGAAGAGAAAGAACUUAAGUGGCUAAUAUUUUGCAAAGGAGACUGAGAGAUUGAUACUGCAAUAUAGCUCUCGUCUCUCUCCCUUCUCCCCAAUUAGAUGCUGAUUUUAAUUGCAGAGGGUAUUUCUCUUUUCGUGCUUUCAACCAUCUCCUCUUUCCCACAGGGGAGGGUUUCAUUUGCAAGUUGAUCCUAAGGAUUUCUGUCCCUCUGGUAUUUCUCUCCCCUAAAUGCAUCUUUCUGCUCUUAAGUUUGCGGAUGGGGGGCGAUUUUUUCUAGUUCUUACACGAGGAAGGCAAAAAGGACCUUUUUAUUGGGAGAUUGAGACUGAAAGCAAUGAUCGCUCCGAAUCAUUCUAAUGGGCAUUUCAGGGAUUCAAGGAAGGCUGCAUCACCACUGGUAUUAUUCCCAUCCUUAGCGUCUCCCUGUGCCCAUACAUUUAAAAUAUCUGGUGAAAGGAAGGGUGAAACCAUAUGUUGAAGGAGCUGCAUCUCAUUAGGGCAGUAUAAUUUUCAUCUGAUUGGAGAAGAAUGGUGUCUUCAUUCGCAGUCCUGUAUAGUAGGAUAGAGAAUUUAUCGGCUGGUAAGUGUCAAGGUAUUUUUUUUUCUUCCACUUUCAGCUUUUUAACCGGGUCUCCUGCUUGGUCCUGGGGGCACAAAAUGCCCUAAUCCGAGGCAGGCUGAGCGUUUCAAUCCUAGGUGCCUCUUCAGCUGUCACUUCCCUUUAGAUCUGCUGAUCGCAUGGGCAUGUGCUUUAGAAAGAUUAAUCAUCUCUAAACGCUUUAAUCAGCUAAAAUGACUAAUAUGUGGUGUGUAUUUAUCUGAUAAUAUCCCGGUUGCAUUAAUUCACCGGCGCAUUUGCGAGGGGAAGAUUUCCUUCCCAAUCAGGGUGGUUAACCAUUUACUCCGGUAAAGAUACUGUGGGGAUUUCUGAGGGGAACCGUUCUGCCGGGGACAUCAGCAAACCUCGCACAUUCCGUGGAACUCGCGUGUGGAAUGCACCGAGCCGGGAGGGAGGGAGGGAGAUUCAGGGGUGGAGGUUCAAUAACUUCGGGAGUUUGCAUGGAUGAAGGAUGUGGUGCGACACUGGAGGAAUCUGCCCACACUUGGUGUGGUUCCCCCCCGGAGUCGAGGCGGGCUGUGAUGGCUCCUGGGCUAGAAUUGCAGCCGGGGACGAGAUCCAGGCAGUUCCAAAGCCUGGGAGAAACGUGGAGAGACGCAACACGUUCGGUGUGCUCGUGGUGCUGUGUGGGGCUGCAUGUGCUGUCCUCUUUAUAGGUGGCAUUUACCACGGGGAGGGGAGCUGUCGCGUGAUGGAGCCGUCUAACAUCUCUCCAGUAUAAAUCAGGGCAAGGCUCGCCCAGCCAACACCCCUGGAGUUGGUUGGGAACGUCUGCCCAACAAUUGCUGAACUUUCCAGGAGCCCGACAUGAGGCCAGCAGGUAGGGGCUUAGGAAAAAGGAGAGGGGCAGGGCAGAAAUACUGAAAUCUGUGUUUCUCUUCCCCUUGCAGUUUUGUAAACAUCAACAAAUGAUGAAACCUUCCACGGCAGAGACGCUUCAUAAAGGAAGGAUGUUGUGGAUAAUUCUUCUAAGCACAAUCGCUCUAGCAUGGACUACACCCAUUCCCUUGAUAGAGGACUCGGAGGAACUGGAUGAGCCCUGCUUUGAUCCAUGUUACUGUGAAGUGAAGGAGAGCCUUUUCCAUAUACAUUGUGACAACAAGGGAUUUAUAAAUAUUAGCCAGAUAACAGAGUCGUGGUCGAGACCUUUUAAACUUUAUCUGCAGAGGAAUUCCAUGAGGAAAUUGUACACCAACAGUUUUCUUCACUUGAACAAUGCUGUAUCUAUUAACCUUGGGAACAAUGCACUGCAGGACAUUCAGACGGGGGCUUUUAACGGGCUCCGGGUUCUGAAGAGGUUGUAUUUGCACGAAAACAAAUUGGACAUUUUCAGGAACGACACUUUCCUGGGUUUGGAAAGUCUGGAAUAUCUGCAGGCAGAUUACAAUGUCAUUAAACGGAUUGAAAGCGGGGCAUUUCGAAACCUAAGUAAAUUGAGGGUCCUUAUCCUAAAUGACAAUCUCAUCCCCAUGCUUCCCACCAAUUUAUUUAAGUCUGUGUCCUUAACCCACUUGGACUUGCGGGGGAACCGCCUCAAAGUCCUUUCGUACCGCGGGAUGUUGGACCACAUUGGCAGGAGCCUGAUGGAGAUCCAGCUGGAGGAGAACCCGUGGAACUGUACGUGCGAGAUCGUGCAGCUCAAGAGCUGGCUGGAGCGCAUCCCCUACACCGCCCUGGUGGGGGACAUCACCUGCGAGACGCCCUUCCACUUCCACGGGAAGGACCUGCGGGAAAUCAAAAGAAGCAAGCUCUGCCCCAUGCUGUCCGACUCGGAGGUGGAAGCCAGCCUGGGCAUCCCUCAGCUGUCCUCCAGCAAGGAGAACGCGUGGCCUACCAAGCCUUCCUCCAUGCUGUCCUCCUUCCAUUUCACCGCUUCCUCUGUUGAGUACAAAACGUCCAACAAGCAGCCCAAGCCCACCAAGCAGCCCCGGGCGCCCCGGCCUCCCCCGACCCCCCGUGGCCUGUACCCCGGGCCCAACCAGCCGCCCGUGGCUGCCUACCAGACCCGGCCCCCCAUCCCCAUCAUCUGCCCCACCGGCUGCUCUUGCAAUUUGCACAUCAACGACCUGGGCCUGACGGUCAACUGCAAGGAGCGGGGGUUCCACAACAUCUCCGAGCUCCUGCCCAGGCCCUUGAACGCCAAGAAGCUGUACCUGAGCGGGAAUUUGAUCCAGAAAAUCUACCGCUCCGAUUUCUGGAAUUUUUCCUCCUUGGAUCUCUUACACCUGGGGAACAACCGGAUCUCCUACGUGCAGGACGGGGCGUUCAUCAACCUGCCGAACCUCAAGAGCCUGUACCUGAACGGGAACGACAUCGAGCGGCUCACCCCGGGCAUGUUCCGGGGCCUGCAGAGUUUGCAUUACCUGUACUUCGAGUACAACCUGAUCAGGGAAAUCCAGCCGGCGGCCUUCAGCCUCAUGCCCAACCUGAAGCUCCUCUUCCUCAACGACAACCUGCUCCGCACGCUGCCCACCGACGCCUUCGCCGGCACCUCCCUGGCGCGCCUCAACCUGCGCAACAACCACUUCCUGGCGCUGCCGGUGGCCGGGGUGCUGGAGCACCUGCACGCCAUCGUGCAGAUCGACCUGAAGCUCAACCCCUGGGACUGCACCUGCGAGCUGGUGCCGCUCAAGCAGUGGCUGGAGGCGCUCAGCUCCGUCAGCGUGGUGGGCGAGGUGCUGUGCGCCAGCCCCGAGGGGGGGGUCCCGCGGGACCGCGACCGCCCGCCGCCCUGCGCCGUGGGCUUCGUGGACUGCCUGUACGGCACCGUGCCCAAGCUGAAGGAACUGCACGUCCACCCCCCCGGCAUGCAAUACCCGGACCUGCAGCAGGACGCCAGGCUGAAGGAGACGCUGCUCUUCGCGGCCGGCAAGGGCUUCCCGGACCACCAAACCCCCACAAGCGAAUACCUCGAGUUAAGGGCCAAACUCCAAACCAAGCCGGAUUACCUCGAAGUCCUGGAGAAGACCACGUACCGGUUCUGACCGCCGCCCCGCCGCCCGCCCGGCCCCGCCGCCCGCGAGCAGAGCAUACAGCUGUGCGCUCUGCCCCGCCAGAUGUGCGCGCUGCGGGGCAGGGCCCUUCUCAGAUCAGUAAUCGACGAAGUGCCUUCGCAGACUUUUGCCAGCAGAUGUUAAUCAAUCAUUAUUUUUUAUACUGAAACUGAGACUUUGACUGUGCCAUGUCUAAAGCUCCAGCCAGGAUGCUCGCGGUGAGCUUGGUUCUCCUGGAGAGUGGUUUCCCCAGCUGUGUGUGUCUGGAGAUGGAGGGACAGCUCCGAAAUCUGUGAAUCUGGCCCCACCCUCCAUGCCAUCAGUACCAACAUCACACACUGGAAUUUCCUCUCUUGGGCUGAGGUUGUGUUCCCUCACUGCUGCCUUCAGCUCUGACCCACUGGGGUUUGCUCAUUUGUUUGUUUUGCUGGGUUUUUAAUAGGUAGUGGAAGAGCAUGCACGUGCUAAGAGUAUUAAACAUGCAAGUGCAAAGGCCACAUCCUUCUUAUCAUAAUUACAUUGAUAAGCCUACAUGCAAGUGAUGCGUGGAGCUGUAUAAAUCAGGUUAAAGUACAACCCCCAGUGAGAGUGGUGCUGUAUACAUUUGGCAAUGUCCUCAAAGCCCCAAGUGUUCAUACUUGUAUCCAAAUAGAGUAAAGCUGGCUGCAAAUAAUGUUUGUAUUUUAAUUGAACUGCAGAAAGGCAAGAGAAUUUCAUCCUUACUAUAGGCAGUAAUCUCGCCCGUGGAUGGUGAGCAGAUCUAUUUAUUCAGUGGAAAUAAAUUUGUUCUAUGAGAAUGGAAUUUUGUAUUAAAAGAGAUAAUUUUUGGCUUAUGUUGAGUUAUUUUUCUUUCCUUGCGUAGGAAACUUCCUUUCCCUUGUGUACUGAGAUGAGUUGGGGAUGAUUUGCUCUGGAAGUGUUGACAGUGUCUAAGUGUGAUGUCUAAAGGGUGUUUUGAUGACUUUUAUUUUGCUUUUUCAUUGUGUUGAGCUGGGGCUGAGUGGGUAGCAGCAUUCCUUUCCACUGCAGGAAACAAAAAUGGAUCCAUCAUCUCUGACCUGCAGUGGGUGAUGCUUUGCAUGCUCCAAUCUGGGUUCCUCCCAAUUAAUAGAGUGUAUUAAUGACAAUUCUGUCUUUAUCAGCAGUAGCAUUGGCAGCAU